AUGAGGAGCGGCCGUGCCUGCUCCGUUCUUGUGUCGCUCCUGCUGCUGUGGCUGGGCGUCGCCGCCGCGCAGAAGGCCUCGUCUUGGAAGACAUUGAGCGGCAAGGCUCCAGCAAUCGUAGCCAAGGGUGGAUUUUCCGGGCUAUUCCCUGAUUCAAGCGAAUAUGCUUAUCAAUUUGCGCUGGUCGCUAGCUCGCCGGAUACAAUACUGUACUGCGAUGUGCGGCUGACCAAGGAUGAGAUUGGCAUUUGCCUGCCGGACAUCAAGAUGGAUAACUGCACAAACAUUCCAGAUUUCUAUGCGCAGGGUCAGAAGAGUUACCUCGUCAAUGGUGUGCCUACCUCGGGAUGGUUCUCGGUGGACUACAAUGGCACCGAGCUUGGGCAAGUGACUCUCAUGCAGUCAAUCAGUUCUCGGACGCCUAGAUUUGAUUCAAAUUUCUUUCCACUACUUGCUGUUGAAGAUGUGCAGUCCAAAUUCAAACCUCCUGGAAUUUGGCUCAAUGUUCAGCACGACAGUUUCUACAGCCAGUUCAACCUAAGCAUGAGGAAUUAUAUCAUUUCUGUAUCUAAGCGUGUUGUUGUCAAUUAUGUCUCAUCACCUGAAGUGAGCUUCCUCGCCAAAAUACUUGGAAGAAUUAGCAACAAAACAAAGCUCGUGUUCCGCUUUCUUGAUGAGAGCACUCUCGAGCCAUCUACGAACCAGACAUAUGGUUCCAUGUUGAAAAAUCUUACAUUUGUCAAGACAUUUGCAUCUGGGAUACUUGUCCCAAAGAGUUAUAUUUGGCCUAAUUCACUAGAUAAUUAUCUGCAACCAUAUACUUCAGUUGUCGACGAUGCUCAUAAAGUAGGGUUGGAAAUUUAUGCUGCUGAUUUUGCAAAUGAUUUUCUGCUCAGUUACAACCACAGCUACGAUCCCUUAGCAGAAUAUCUCUCAUUCAUUGAUAAUGAUGUCUUCUCAGUUGAUGGUGUACUGACUGAUUUCCCUGUCACAGCAUCAGAGGCAAUUGGAUGUUUUACCAAUUUGAACAAAAGCAACAAUGAUCAUGGAAAGCCUUUAAUUAUUUCCCACAAUGGUGCUAGUGGGGAUUACCCUGGGUGCACUGAUCUAGCUUAUCAAAAAGCAGUUGAUGAUAGUGCAGAUGUCAUUGAUUGCCCUGUUCAAGUGACCAGAGAUGGAAUACCAAUAUGCAUGUCUUCCAUUGACCUAAUGACCGAUACUACUGUUGCAAGAUCGCAGUUCAUCUCUCAGACUUCCACGAUAAAGGAUAUUCAGAUUGCACCAGGGGUUUUUAGUUUCAACCUCACCUGGGAUGACAUUGUAAAGAACCUGAAACCCAAAAUAUCCACCCCAUGGACCAACUUCGCAUUGGACCGAAAUCCGAGAUAUAGGAAUGCAGGAAAGUUCAUGAGGUUAUCAGACUUUUUGGACUUUACAAAAGAUAAAGAUUUGUCUGGAAUCAUGAUCACUGUAGAGCAUGCUGCCUUCAUGGCAGGAGAACUUGGGUUUGACAUGGUCGAUAAUGUUAUCAAAGCCCUUGACGACGCUGGUUACCAUGACCAAACUGCCCAGAAAGUUAUGAUUCAGUCAACCGAUAGUUCAGUUCUAGAGAAGUUCAAGGAGCAAACAAAGUACGACCUUGUGUACAUGAUCAACAAAGAAGUCGGGGACGCUGCACCUUCCUCGCUCGCGGACAUUAAAAAGUUUGCUAGUGCCGUUUCCGUUGAUACCAGCUCUGUCUUCCCUGAAUCCCACUACUUCACAGUGUAUGAAACCAAUCUUGUCCAGACACUGCAGACAGCUGGCCUCUCGGUCUAUGUUUAUACUCUUAUGAAUGAGUUUCCGUCUCAGCCAUACGACUUCUUCUCAGAUGCUACAGCGCAGAUCAAUGCCUAUGUUAAGGGUGCUCUAGUGGAUGGGCUAAUCACGGAUUUCCCUGCUACAGCUCGAAGAUACAAGGUGAACAAUUGCAUGAACAUGGGGAACAGCACGCCGAAUUUCAUGGCCCCUGCUCAUCCCGGCGAUCUCAUACAAAUCAUCAGCAAGAGUGCGCAGCCACCAGCAUUGGCUCCCAUUCCGCCCUUGACUGAGUCCGACGUGGCACAGCCGCCUUUGCCUCCUGCCAGAUCAAACAGCAGUACAGCUCCGACACAAUCACCCGCGAGCAGGACGCAUGCCUGUGCUGCUCACAUCCCAGUCCUCGUCACACUGGCAAUGCUUUGUGCUUGGCGUUCCCUGGUCUGA